AUGGCGGACAUGAACCGCCGCAAGGGGGGCGUCCGCUCGCAGCAGAGCUACAUGCAGCAGCAGGCGGCGGCGGCGUCCCAGCAGCCCAAGGCGCCGGGCUUCCACCCCAAUAGGAGCGGAGGAUACCGCAACGCCGGCGCCGCCGCCCGCCCUGGCGGCGCCCAGAAGCCCUCGAUGACCGGAGCCAAGAUGGGCAUCAAGAGCGGUAUGACGGUGGAAGAUCUCAAGCGACUCACGCAGAAGAGGAUGCAGCAGUCGGCGGCGUCCAACCCCGCCACGCCCAAGACCGCCGCGCCCGAGGGCUUCUCGUCCUCGAGGCCGGUCACGCCCAAGAUCAACAUGGCGGUGGUCAACGCCACGUCCACCCCGGCAGCGGUGGCCACCCCGCCGGUUAUCCCCAAGACCGGCAUGUCGGUGCAGGAGCUCAAGCAGUUGACGGCGCUGCGCGUAGCGUCGCAGAACGUGCCAGUACAUGCCAGCGAGGUGACCGGUCUAGUGAGCAAGGCGGUGCUCAGCAACGCCGCCAAGUCGCACUACCGCGACAGCUUGCGCAGCUCGCUCACUCCCGGCAGCACACCCAAGCGCGCGCACCACACUCGAAGCAGCAGCAGCACGCAGUUCGGUAGCGCGCAGUACAGCGGCUUUGGCAACCAGUCCAGCGACCUCAGCCGCAGCCAUGGCCCGAGUGAUCUCAGCCGUAGCCAUGGUCCGCUGAAUUCAGGAUCGUCGGGCGACGUGAUUCCUGUGCGCGGACACCGCAGUCGCUCGCGCAGCUCGCAGCUGCCGAACGUCGAUUCGUCGGGCGAUAACAUGCCUAUGCGCUACUCAUACACCGGCGGCCAGACCCCUGAAGACUACUUCUCUUCGUACGACUUUGGAGGAGGCAACUCGACAUCGUCCCAGGAAACGGAUCCUGGACGCGGCGGCCUCGACGAUGGCGCUGCAUCUGGCCGCAACUCGCUGCUUCAGUUCCCGGAAGAUUCGUUCCCGCCGCCACCGCCGAUGGACGAGAGUGGUGGCUUUGUUUCCACAGCUCUGCCGUCUUGGUCUCCGCCGCCCGCUCGAACCAAGAAACUCAAUGCCUCCUCGGCAAGUAGCGGCGCGACCUUCUACAACCAGCAGACAUCGUACUAUAAUAUCGCGUCAAAGGACGACUCGACCGCCAAUGAUGCUGCAGCAGGAGGAAGUCAAGGGCAGGACCAGAACGCGGUGCUGGCUCCGCCGCCUGGGCUUACAAGACGGCCAUCGAUGACGGUGCCCUGGCAGGUGGCUGAGGCCGUGCUCAACACGCCGCAAACCAAUACUGGUCGGAAGAAGCUACUCGAAUCCGAUCUUGAGAGCAGCACGAGCGGACUCAACUCGUCCGCAGCUGAAGCUGCAGCGCAGCUAACGGGGCUUUCGUUGCAGCCGUCGUCGCGUAGUCGAGGUUCGCAGCCCCCACCACCCCCACCGUCGUCUUCGGGCACGUUGUCAAGUUCGCCGCCGAGUUCUGGUGGCAUGCCACUAUCUGGAGGAGCCGCUGCUCGGCGCGGUAGCUUUGGCAAUGCCGCCGAGUUUUUCAAGUUCCGUCGACGUAGCAAGAGCCGCCUUGAGCUGGCUCGCGACAUGUCGUUCGGUGACAACGGUGAGCAGGGAGGAUACCCGAGCUACGGAACUGCGGGUGCUAUGCCUGGCAUCGCUGAGCGUCAUGGAGACGCCGAGGAUGGAGCUCAUGAUGAUUCGGCCUCAGAUGCGAGCUCAUCAACAUCAGCUAACGAUGAAUCCAGCUCGCAGGACUACACGGACGAGGACGUUGUGCAGGUGACUGGCGGCUACGAUGACAACACAGAGAUCUCGGGAAACUUCGUCUCGUUCUACAACGCUGCUCGUCAGCAGCAAGGCGGACUUUCGGCGUUAUCGAUUCCCCCGCCGCCGCCACCUCCUCCGAUGGGAGAUGACGACGAUGAUGCGUCGACAACAUCGUCGACCAAGGGCAACGGCUUUCCCAUGAUGAGCCCGAACGGUGCUCGCUUGCGCAAGGUAGCAGAAUUGGCACGACGGGGCAGCUUGAGCAGCGAGGACAAGACUCGCGCAAAGGACGAGAUUAUUCAGAGCUCGCUUGGGAUCGGUGCAAACAAUGCCGCGCGCCUGCUUGCCACUAAGAAGGAGGACCGAGGAGACCGCGUCCCUGCCACGGCUCCGCCGCCCGGAUUCCCUGGCGUUCCCCGUACGACACCGAAGGCCUCUGGCAAGAAGAUGCUCGCACCUGGAUCUGGGAUCGUGCGCAGCAGUGCGUCCUCUUCAUCGAGUACUUCUGCCGGCGCGGCGGCAGCUGCUGCGGCUCUUGGUGCCACUCCUCAGAGGACCGAACCCGCUGCUAGCAGUAGUUUGGAGGAGCGUCUCGCUGCCGCGGCCCAGAGAGUGGCAGACUGCGUUGGCAAGGGUGAUAUGACUGGAUUCCAGCAGGCUAUGGACGAGCUCGACUGGCUUCGCAACGAGGCCAGUAAGCUCAUGCGCGGUUGAGUGAAGCUUGACGUGGAGUGUGAGGUGCGUGAAUCAAGCGUUAGUAGAGCAGCAGAAACCAACAAAAAAAGAAACAAUCAACCAUGGUGU